UCUGCUGGCAGUCUGCUACAGACAGCUGAGGGUUUCCAGACUGACUGGGGAUCCCGGCCCACCACGGCCUUGUAUUACCGAAACGCUGUAGUCCUCGUUGUGUUUUAAUGGCGAAAACGUACGAUUACCUCUUUAAGCUGUUGCUUAUCGGAGACAGCGGGGUCGGUAAGACAUGUCUGCUGUUCAGAUUCAGCGAGGACUCCUUCAAUACCACCUUCAUAUCCACAAUAGGAAUUGACUUCAAAAUUAGAACAAUAGAACUGGAUGGAAAGAGGGUCAAACUUCAGAUUUGGGACACAGCAGGCCAGGAGAGGUUCCGCACUAUCACUACAGCUUACUACAGGGGAGCAAUGGGCAUUAUGUUGGUGUAUGACAUCUGCAAUGAAAAGUCCUUUGAAAACAUAAAAAACUGGAUUAGAAACAUUGAAGAGCAUGCCUCUUCUGAUGUGGAGAAAAUGAUCCUGGGUAACAAAUGUGAUAUGACUGACAGGAGACAGGUGUCCAAAGACAGAGGUGAAAAACUGGCUAUUGAUUAUGGAGUUAAGUUCUUGGAGACCAGUGCAAAGUCUAGCUUAAAUGUAGAAGAGGCUUUUUAUACUUUGGGACGGGACAUAUUACAUAAUCUGAGCUCAAAGACAACUGACAACGGUGCUGGAGGAUCAGGCAAACCAGUCAAGAUCUCAGAGAAGAAGUCGAAGAAGAUCAAAUUCUUCAAGUGCUCUCUCCUCUAGGCUCUCGCCUAUUUGUGAUACGAGGAUGACUUUAUUGUUUUUGGAGGGCUCUUGCCCUCUGUGCGUCCUCACAGUAGCAGUGGCAGAUGUCAUAUUCGGAGGGCCUUCCUGCCCGCUGAAGCUCACAGGUUCUUGAGUGGUUGAGAUGCCAUCCUGAUCUGCUGACCAGAGGAGGAUCAAUGAGACCUGAGGCCUGAUACUGUGUAUACAUUCAUGCAAAGACUUGUGGCGUGAUCGCCGGCAUUGGUUUGUAGCUGGUCCUGCACUGCUCUGAAGAAGCAGGGAGUCUAUUAGCAUUUUAUUAUACCUCUGCUGGAUCUCAGUCACACAUAGUUGUCUUAAAAUGAAAAAAAUGAAAGCAUUCAGAUUAUUUCAUAUAUUGUAGCAUUAAACUACCUAUUGUUAAACUAUCUACCAUGAUGCUGUAAAACAUAUCAAAUCUCAGUGUUGAUUGUAUUUGUACAAGUUCAUGUAUGUUAAAAAUCUUCAGUUGCACGGGCAUCCUAUCUAUUUGUUCAUGUGUGCCUAGAAGGAGCUGAAGAUUGUUACAGAAAAGAUAAAAAUGUAUGCGAGUACAUCGUAUUGUAUUAUCUUUAACUGUGUUAUUUGAAAUGAACCUUUGUUAAAGUUUGUAGGUUCUUGUAUCAAAAGGAAACUAAAUGUAGCUUCUUGAAAGUCAAGCAUAUUGUUACGAUUGUCAGUAUUUGCAUGAAAGCAGUAGGGAUACCUCAGAGUAGAUCAUUAUAAAGCACAUUUUGUAGUGGUUGAAAAAAGUUUACGGGCAGUAUUUGAAAGUGUCAAGCAUAAUUUCACAUUUUUGCUGUUCUAUACUAUGUCAACACAGCUUAAUUUGUGUGAAUACUUUAUUUUUUCUUAAACUGUACACAGGCAUCAGGUUUCCUUUUACAACUCCAAUGUAAAAAUUUGACAAAGGAAAUCUGUAAUGUGAAUGAUUGUGAGCAACUGUAUGUAACAAG